ACCAUUUUAAACUGCAAUGGGGGUGUGUAUGGAAGUCCCAAGUAUCCAUCAUAGUACGGACCGUCGUCUACUCUUAAGGCAGCAGCAAUGGAGUCGAGUAGUGUGCUCGAGCAAGAAUGAACCUGGAAAUUGGCAGGCCCGACCUGAAGGUAACAGAUUACAACCUGCUCCGACGUCACAACUGCGAUGGUUAGGAAACCCCACUGUGUCAUUCCACCCAGCCCUGUGGCCACCUGAUUGAGCUUGGUGUGUGUUUGCCUUCCCCUCAAAGACAAUGUACUGCCUUCAGUGGUUGCUCCCGGUUCUCCUCAUCCCGAAACCUCUGAACCCGGCUUUAUGGUUCAACCACUCAAUGUUCAUGGGCUUCUACCUGCUCAGCUUCCUGCUGGAGAGGAAGCCAUGUACCAUUUGUGCCUUAGUGUUCCUGGCAGCCCUGUUUUUCAUCUGCUACAGCUGCUGGGGGAACUGUUUUCUGUACCACUGCCAUGACUCCGCACUACCAGAUUGUGCACACGAUCCCAGCAUUGUGGGCACCUAAGAGGAUUCCCCCUGACAUGAUGCGCAGAUGGAUCCUGGACAAUAUGUAUCUAGGCUGUGAAUGAAAUCUCCCACCUGACACUGUCCAUGUGGAUAAACAUAGACUUCAUCCUGAUUCUCAUCCCCUCUGCCCUUAGUGUGCACUUGUUCACGUCUCUUAAUGGAUUUAAAAGGAAUUGACUGGUGUAUAAAAUAUGGUUACUCCCCCAUGCAUACACCAGUCCAAUGCUUUUAAAUGUGUGGGCAUGUGUACACUUCCCAGAGAAUAGCCUACCCUACCCUCCUCACUACUGCCCUCCACCCCUGCCUUUUUUUUCACCCCUGACAUUUUAGUGAAUGUCGCCUACCCUGGCCUCAUUGGAUCUAAACGUUUGCAUGGGUUGCCUUUUUUAGAGUUUUCAAAAGUCGUGUUAAUACAUAUGUUUUAAUUACAGAAAUCUGAAAGUUUCCAAAGGGUAGAAAUCAAAUGUGUUGUUGGUGUGAAAAUGCUCACUAUCACUAUCAGUAUAAGUUACAGUUGCAGGAAGGUGAACAUGAAAAUUCUGCUUCCCUGUUGAGCUUUGGACGUCAAGAGGCGAGUGAUGUGAAUCUGUUAUCUAGAGUGCCUUCAGAAAAUAUUCAUACCGCUUCACUUACUCCACAUUUUGUUGUAUUACAGCCUGAAUUCAAAAUGGAUUAAAUAAAUAAAACCUCACCCAUCUAUACACAAUACCCCAUAAUGACAAAGUUAGAACAUGUUUUUAGAAAUUUUAGCUAAUUAAAUACAGAAAUAUCUAAUUUACGUAAGUAUUCACAGCCCUGAGUCAAUACUUUGUAGAAGUGCGGUUGGCAGCAAUUACAGCUGUGAGUCUUUCUGUGUCAGUCUAAGAUCUUUCCACACCUGGAUAUUGUGCAAUAUUUGCCCAUAAUUAUUUUCAAAAUUCUUCAAGUGCUUUCAAGUUAGUAGUUGAUCAUUGCUAGACAACCAUUUCCAAGUUUUGCCAUAGAUUUUCAAGUAGAUUCAAGUCCGAACUGUAACUCUGCCACUCGGAAGCAUUCACUGUCUUCUUGGUAGGCUAUUCAAGUGUAGAUUUGGCCUUGUGUUUUAGGUUAUUGAAUUAAUCUCCCAGUGUGGUGGAAAGCAGACUGAACCAGGUCUUCCUCUAGAAUUUUGCCUGUGCUUAGCUCCAUUCCAUUCAUUUUUUUAUCGGGAAAAACUCCCCAGUCCUUAACGAUUACAAGCAUACCCAUAACAUGAUGCAGCCACCACUAUGCUUGAAAAUAUAGAGAAUGUUACUCAUUAAUGUGUUGUAUUGGAUUUGCCCCAAACGUUACACUUUGUAUUCAGGACAAACAGUUAAUUGCUUUUCCCACAUUUUUUGCAGGCAAACUUUUAGUGCCUUGUUGCAAACAUGACAGAUGUUUUGGAAUAUUUGUAUUCUGUACAGGCUUCCUUCCUUCAAUUAGGUUAGUAUUGUGGAGUAAACACAAUUUUCUAUCACAGCCAUUAAACUCUUAACUCUUCAAGUCAAUGGCUCAUGGAGACAUACCUGAGCGGUUUCCUUCCUCUCUGUUAACCUGACUUAGGAAGGCUGCCCCUAUCUCUGUAGUGAUUGGGCGUAUUGAUACACCAUUCGACGUGUAAUUAAUAACGUCGCCAUGCUGAAAGGGAUCUACCAAUAGGUGCCCUUUGCGAGGCAUUGGAAAACCUCCCUGGUCUUUGUGGUUGAUUUAUGUUUUGAAAUUCACUGCUCGACUGAAAGACCAUACGCAUACAGAAUGCUCUGUAUGUGUGGGGUACAGAGAUGAGGUAGUCAUUAAAAAAUCAUGUUAAACUAUAUUAUUGCAUACAGUCCAUGCAACGUAUAUGACUUGUUAAGCACAUUUUUACUAUUGUGUGUAGGCCAGUGACACACUUAAAAAAAUAAAUUUUUAAAGUAUUUUUUAAAAUUUGUGCUGUAACAACAAAAUGUGUAAAAAGUCAAGGGGUAUGAAUACUUUCUGAAGGUGCUGUAUGUCACUUCUGCAGAGUUCAAAUGCUACUACUGCUUUUCAUUUAAUAAAGUUCACCCUCUGAAGGUGUUAUCACACUGAG